GACCCCCGCCUGCGGGACCACCUUCUCCUCAGCCCGCCCGCGCCUCCGCAGCCGGAAGGAAGGGGGCGGGGGCGGGGUGAGUCGGGGUCCGAGCAGACACCCCUUGCCGGAGGGGGUCCUGCGCCAGGGGCGGGCUGCGCGGCCGGGCGUUCGCCUCUGCGGAGCUGGGCCAGUUCGCCUCCUCGCCUUCCGCCCUGUGGGCCGGUUUAUUUUGUUUCUGGAGAGCUAAUUCCUGGAGGAAUAAAUUCGCCCGCUACCACCUGGCUAAUGUCGAGGCCCGCCCCUUCUUCUGGCAGCCAGGCCGCGGCCACCAUGGCGUUGCCCGCAGGCCCAGCCACCCUCCCGCACACUCUGCUGCUGCUGCCAGCCCUCCUGAGCUCAGGUUGGGGGGAGUUGGCACCGCAAAUCAAUGGCCAGGCCUGGGCUGAGCUGGCACUUCGGGAGAAUGAACGCCACCCCUUCACCUGCCGAGUGGCAGGGGUGUCUGGCACCCCCCGAUUGGCCUGGUACCUGGACGGGCAGCUGCAGGAGGCCAGCACCUCACGGCUGCUGCGUGUGGGCGGGGAGGCCUUCUCUGGAGGCACCAGCACCCUCACCGUCACUGCCCAGCGGUCCCAGCAUGAGCUCAACUGCUCCCUGCAGGACCCAGGCAGCGGCCCCGCAGCCAACGCCUCCGUCAUCCUCAAUGUGCAAUUUAAACCGGAGAUUGCCCAGGUCGGGGCCAACUACCAGGAAGCUCGGGGCCAGGGCCUCCUGGUGGUUCUUUUUGCCCUGGUCCGUGCCAACCCACCUGCCAAUGUGACCUGGAUCGAUCAGGACGGGCCGUUGACUGUCAACACCUCAGACUUCCUGGUGCUGGAUGCCAGGAGCUACCCCCGGCUCACCAACCACACGGUGCAGCUGCGGCUCCGCCACCUGGCGCACAACCUCUCUGUGGUCGCCGCCAACGACGUGGGGGUCACCAGUGCCUCGCUCCCAGCCCCAGGACUCCUGGCCACGCGGGUGGAAGUGCCACUGCUGGGCAUCAUUGUGGCCGGAGGGCUAUCGCUGGGCACCCUGGUGGCAUUCAGCACCUUAGUGGCCUGCCUGGUCUGCAGGAAAGAGAAGACGGCCAAAGGCCCCUCCCGGCGCCCGUCUCUGCUCUCCAGAGAAACCAGCGGACCGACCGACAGCUUGGAACAGCAGCCGGCCAGAGCCAGAGCUUCUGGAUCCAGAGCCCGGCGGCCUCCUCACCAGCCGAGGUACCACCCUCCCUGCUCCUCAGCCUGUACUUAUGCCUCUGAGUCCCUGGGGCAGGGAGGGGCCUCCUGACUUCCAAGAAUGCGUGUCACCGGGACUCCUGGGCAUCUCUGACCGGCAGGCUUCAUCCGUCUCCCAAUGCUGGGCUACAUCUACCGGGUGUCCAGUGUGAGCAGUGAGGAGAUCUGGCUCUGAGAUGAGGGUGAGACGGAAGGUGCCCAUGCCCCUGGGCACCCUCCCCUCCACGGCAUCCUCUGCCUGGCCAUGUUGCCAGUGAGAUGCCACUUCCACUUGUGCUUGCAUCCCUGGCUGGGGUGCUUCUGUCAUCCACAGGAGGGCUCUGAGCCUGAGGGACAGGUUGCCCUUGUUCUUAUUCAGGCUGGGGGCCUGCAUGGGAUGCCUGUGCCAAGAGGAUAGAGCUGUUGCCUGUGUGUUCUGAUGCCAUCUGGCAUCGAAGUGUGGCAUGGCCCUGGUGACGGGCCUGCUCUGUGCCUUCACCAGUUCCUCAGCGCCUGGCACACAGCACAGGACAUGCUGGUGUGGGGCCAGGAAGGCCUGCAUGUCUUGGGCUUCCUUCCCGUGCUGUGCAGCUUCGCUCACUCUGAACACUUAGAGCCCUGCUCAUUGCAUAGAAAUAAAACGCCCGGCCCAGGGCGUCGGCCAAGCGCAGACCAGUCCCUUCUGCUGGUAGCUCUGUCCCCCUGUCCCUCCUCCUCUUGAGCAUCAUAGGUUAUGCACUGGACCUUUACCCCUGCUUCACUGGGGUCUAGACUCCCCCAUUGGCUCUGGUGGUGCCAGUGCCUGGUGUUAGCACCAUCAGGAGGAGGGGAGGAGCCUGGCGGCACCCAGGACAGCAUGUAGCUGUGCAUCUUUUUCUUACAGUCUAGCACUUCCAGCACUCCUCCUGGGAGGGGGAGUGCGGGUCCCAGGGCCUCUCUGUGGCUCCCCCACAUUGGCCUUCCUGUGAUUCACUGAGGACCCUGAAACCCCUCCCCCCGCCAGGGUCAGUUUCCCUCAACACAUCUCCCCUUCAGGGGAGCUCAGCUCUGACCCAUCAGCCAGAGGCCACCUUCCAGUCCCACCCCUGUUCUUCAGGGGCGUCCACAGUGGCACAUACUUCAACAGCUCUGGAAGCUUUUGGGGGACAUGGAGAAAGAGGAGACCACAUACCCCAAAGCAACCUAAGGACACUUUACAAAGCAACAUGGAAAUGCCUGCAAAUCAAGAGUGCAGAGUAUCUCCCUUAUCUUUUGUAAUUUAGUCUGAGCACACGAUAAUUCAAUAAACUUGACUGAGUGAAUGUUA